CACCUCACCCCUGGAGCGUAGCUCCAGAGGGACGCCGCCGCCCACGUGGUCGAAUCCCAGCCCAGCGGGCCAAGCGGAUCCCUUCAGACUACUCGCCGUGGCUCCGGGAGAGUGUGACUGCCGCUGAGCCGGACCCACUACCGGCUGUCUAGUCUGGGGUCUCGUGUGGAGUCGGAGGUGACAUUCCCUACGGCCAGCGUGACAGCGUUGACCCUGUGCAGCAAAGAAAUGGUUAUGGAGAAGCCCAGCCCGCUGUUGGUGGGGCGGGAGUUCGUUCGGCAGUAUUAUACUUUGCUGAAUAAAGCACCAGAAUACUUACACAGGUUUUAUGGCAGGAAUUCUUCCUAUGUUCAUGGAGGAGUGGAUGCCAGUGGAAAGCCCCAGGAAGCUGUUUAUGGCCAAAAUGACAUACACCACAAAGUGUUAUCUCUGAACUUCAGUGAAUGCCACACAAAGAUCCGCCAUGUGGAUGCGCAUGCCACCUUGAGUGACGGAGUUGUUGUCCAAGUCAUGGGCUUGCUGUCUAAUAGUGGACAGCCAGAAAGGAAAUUCAUGCAGACCUUUGUUUUGGCUCCAGAAGGGUCUGUUCCAAAUAAAUUUUAUGUUCACAAUGAUAUGUUUCGUUAUGAAGAUGAAGUAUUUGGUGAUUCUGAACCAGAACUUGAUGAAGAAUCAGAAGAUGAAGUGGAAGAGGAGCAAGAAGAAAGACAACCAUCUCCUGAACCCGUGCAAGAAAAUGCUAAUAGUGGUUACUAUGAAGCUCACCCUGUGACUAACGGCAUAGAAGAGCCUUUGGAAGAAUCCUCUCACGAACCUGAGCCUGAGCCUGAAUCUGAAGCAAAGACCGAAGAGUUGAAACCACAAGUGGAGGAGAAGAACUUAGAAGAAUUGGAGGAGAAAUCUACUACUCCUCCCCCUGCAGAGCCUGUUUCUCUGCCCCAAGAACCACCAAAGGCUUUCUCCUGGGCUUCAGUGACCAGUAAAAACCUGCCUCCUAGUGGUACUGUUUCUUCCUCUGGAAUUCCACCCCAUGUUAAAGCACCAGUCUCACAGCCAAGAGUUGAAGCUAAGCCAGAAGUUCAGUCUCAGCCGUCACGUGUGCGUGAACAACGUCCUAGAGAACGACCUGGUUUCCCUCCUAGAGGACCAAGACCAGGCAGAGGAGAUAUGGAACAGAAUGACUCUGACAACCGUAGAAUAAUUCGCUACCCAGACAGUCAUCAACUUUUUGUUGGUAACUUGCCACAUGAUAUUGAUGAAAAUGAACUGAAAGAGUUCUUUAUGAGUUUUGGAAACGUUGUGGAACUUCGCAUCAAUACCAAGGGUGUUGGGGGAAAGCUUCCAAAUUUUGGUUUUGUGGUUUUUGAUGACUCUGAACCAGUUCAGAGAAUCUUAAUUGCAAAACCAAUUAUGUUCCGAGGAGAAGUGCGUUUAAAUGUAGAAGAGAAAAAAACAAGAGCUGCAAGAGAGCGAGAAACCAGAGGUGGUGGUGAUGAUCGUAGAGAUAUCAGGCGCAACGACAGGGGUCCUGGUGGCCCACGUGGCCUCGUGGGCGGUGGAAUGAUGCGUGACCGAGAUGGAAGAGGGCCUCCUCCAAGAGGUGGCAUGGCACAGAAACUGGGCUCUGGAAGAGGUGCUGGGCAGAUGGAAGGCCGCUUCACAGGACAGCGGCGCUGAGGCCACUGCAGGCCAAGUUUCUGCAGUGGUGCAUUCUUCAUCGUGUUUGCAUUCUUGUUAAUUUUUUUUGGCUUUGGAAUGUGAC